AUGGACAAAGAGCUAUCGUGGCACACUAUAUGUGCUGAGGAGUGGAUGACUUGUCAAGUGCGGAACAUCUCGACGGCACAUGAUGCAAACGCUCGAAUUGAUCCAAUGACCCGCCUCUCAUCCCACGAACACCCUGAACCGACGUGGAUGAGCAGUACCAGACGAAGGAGCUUGGCAUCAGACUACUCGGAGCUGGGCGCGACUACAGGACGCUCGUUCGGCAAUCUCCCAGAUGGUCCCGGUAGAGCGGCCAACCCAGUAUAG